AUGGCUGCGGAGGCAUACGUGGGUGAUACUGAGAAACCGAAUACUACUACACGUAACGGCAAAUUGUUGCAACAGCUGCGCACAUUGCUGAAACAACUGUGUCACAUACAUCCGGUUGCCGAACAUAGCCACGCCGAGCAAGCGCGCAUUGCCAAUUUGCGAAAUUUCAUAGACUUUUUUCACUUUUACGAUUUUAUAAUAACCAGCAUACGGCAACAGCUAGCGGCGCUGGCCACAAAACCAAAUCCGAGCAAAGUAAAUGUGUCGACCACAAAACGCAAUAGAAAUAGCAACGGAAAUGCCAGUGUUGCUGGCGUUGGCAGUGAUGACAUUGACACCACAGCUGGCGUUAACAACGCGCAAAUACCCAAGUAUGAUUUCAUAGUAUUGGAUGUGGUGCAUGAAAAUGCUACUGCCAACAAUAAUAACCACAAUAAUAGCAACAAGAGCAGCGUUGCCACAAAUGCGGCUAUGCUUGUCUUCAAUAGUGGUGUCAAAACUGACACGAGCAAUUCAACGGCGGAUGCAGUGUCAACAGCAUCAAUUGACUCAAUCAAAUGGCGUCCACUGUUGAUUCUAGAACAGCAUGAAAUCAAUUCCAACACCUACUUUACACAUUCCAUACAGCCGGGCUAUGACGAAUGGCUGCUGGUCAGCACAGCGCAGCUUUGGCAAUGCGGCGCUAUCUGCUGGACAAUUGUGGCCAUUUGCAUUGGAUUGCUUUUGAUUAUUGUGGCUGCAAGCGUGGCUGCCGGCAUAGCAAUGAGAGGCGUAAGCGCCUCUCGAAAGGAUCCAACAAAAUUGUACUCUCCGCUGAUGACUUUGUGUUUCCCGUCGACUGACGUAUGGUCGAUGAGGGCAUAGCGGUGUUCGCUGCAACAACUACAAGAGUUCGGUGGCCCCGAAGUUGACAAGUCUGAUUUGCUCAAAGGUUCAAUUGGUUCGCUAAAAAAUCUUGGCCUAAUUAUACCGGGUGCCGGCACAGCCACCUCAGCAGGAGGUACAGCCACAGAGAAUGGUGGUAAAGGGACCUCGGGCACAAAUAGCCUAGCGCGUCACAAUCCAGCGCUCCUUGACAUCCGUGCACGCUACAAUGGUGAUUUGGUGCAACUGAAAGAGAUACCCUUGAACGGCUCGACUGAGUUAAAGGCUAAGGCCAUGGACCUGUUGGUGGUAGCGCACGACAUGCGACACGAGAACAUUAACCCCUUAAUUGAGGCCACCAACAUUAUGCGUCAGUGCUGGGCUGAGCAGCCGGACAUGCGGCCCGACUUUAAUUCGCUCCUCUUGGCGCAUACAUAUGUCGCAGGAGACCAGAGAUCGAUUGGAAGCACGCGGCGAUUAUACAAUAGAACAGCGUGGACUCAUUGAAAUAAAGGGAAAGGGAAUGAUGAAUACUUUUUGGCUGUUGUGAAAGAAAGGGUUUGAUAAACCGUUGCCUGCACCGCCACCAAUUGGUGAGUCACACGGUCUCGAAGAAUCUCUUAUCCGCAACUCGAUCACACAAGCGAAUAAAUCACGCAAGCACCCUCAAGUCAAUCUUCGUCGCUGGGCGGCGAAUUGUUCGAGGUGAAAGUGGAGAUUACACCACCCAAAAAUGCGGACGUUUGCUCGUCGAACUUGCCGAACUAAAACUCAUUAGACUCCACCUCUACAUACACAAUCAGUCCAAAUGUCACAUUAUGUCCAGAUUUCAACGCGAAGACUCCAAACCCCAGUCCGCAAUCACGUAAAAUGUCCGAACUCUCACCUGAGAGCUUGCUCACGCCAGGCACUUUCAUUCGUUUACCGAGCUCGGCAGGCGGUUCCUCAUCGUGCCUCUAUAAAAAAAUAGAAGAGAUAAGGGAUCUCAGUUCACCGUACGAUCAUUACAAGUGUCUUAGCCCCAAUAAAACUAAUCUCACUCUGUUCAAAAAUUAACAUGUUGGCGCGCAGCUAAAUAUUGUAUAAGAUAAGAAAACAUGUAAUUCUCAUUAUCAUAAGAACACAUACAGUCCACCCCAUAUACAUAUAUUUACUUAGUUAAGAUAGUUUCAAAAUUUUUAUAUAAUGAAUGACAUGAACAACACAAAUGAAUAUCAGAAUGAGAUAUUUCUCACUA